UCUAAUGACAUAGUGCACAGGAUGGUAACCACUGGUGACUUUUCCAUGGCAGCUAAUGUCACACAAACUUUGGCCCCUGCCAUUGACAUCCAGGUAACACAAUCCCACAGCCUGUAGUUAGCACUGCUCACUUCAAUGACAGUCAGCCACACAUGGUUUUUGCUUUUCUUCAAUCAAUUUUAAUUCUAUUUUUAGGAACAGUUAUCUGCUUUCUGUACAGCCCCAAAGGCGAACAUAUUCAGGCAUUCUCAUGGAGUGUGUGAAAAGGAAAGGGAACAACCUCUGAGGAGCACAAAUCUGAUCAUUGACGUGCAGCAGUCUGCACAUUAGAUUUUGAUAUUUCUUGAAUUCGACAUAUUUGUCCAGUGGUGGUGCUGGAGGAAAGACCAGGGUUCACCUAAAAACAUUAGGAUUCGUCCUCUGGGGACAAUGAAUUUCGUACUCUGCUAAAACACAUUGCCAUCAAUAUAAAGUUUGGUAUUGAGGUAUUCAUUUGAAUUUCCACCAUGUGUGUAAAGCCAUCACUUGUAUUGAGAUGCUUGGUCAUUCAUUGAUGCUGUGUCACACUGCUUGAUUUUUGGUCUGUAGGACCCGUACAACAUGGAGCGAAUGUUCUGGCUGCUGCUGGGCAGAGAUGGAGCUUCAGUGAAAAACAUGAUGGAGGAGUUUCAACAAUCCCACAGACACUCUCUGCCGGAAAACCACCGCAAACUAUUGUCACAAGUUUUAUCAACUGGAACAGUGACUGAUGAGGGGAUCCUGGAGACCAUGAGGAGAUGCUGGGAGGAAAACCAGUAUGUCCUGUGUCCACACACAGCUGUAGCUGUAUGGCAUCACUACCACUGUCCUCACAGCCCCAGUCUCAACAGGUGCUACAUUGCGACAGCAUCUCCAGCCAAGUUUCAGGCAGCAGUGCAGAGGGCUGGUCUGACCUUUGACCUGCCUGAGGCAGUGCUGGCGUUGGACAAGUUGGCCACCCGUUACCAGAACCUGGAGCGGAGCCUGAACUGGUGCAAAGACUGGGAGGACACAUUAAGAGAGAAAAUCCAGUCUGUGAGUUCAGCCAGGAAAACCAGAGGGAAUUACUACCGCUGAUCAGGAAAGAUGUCAUUACAUUGUAAAAUGGGGUUGUAGUUCAGAAAAGCUGAUUGGACAUUAAACUGUGUAUGGGCAAGGUCAGGUGACUGUGGCUGCUUGUCCAUGAUCAUUGUGCUUCUUUAUCUGGAUCUAGUAAAUGAUGUUGAUGGGAAAGGCCUGUUGUUGCCUCUUUGAUGGACUUUGGUCUGUAGGGUCAUACAAAUUGUCUUUGUAUUUCUACAGUGAUGUCAUACACCAUGAACCAAUCAACUAUUCACAAUAUUCAAUCUCCCUCCCACAACUGUCACACAAAUGUAAAUGAAUGCUGAAAAAUAAAAUCAAACUGAGUUUCAUUGUCUCAAAAACAAUCUAAACAAUUUAUUUAAUUGCACAAAAUUGACACACACACCAUUAAAAAAAGUACAAUUUCCAUAACUGACUGAUAUUUACCCUUCAGGAAUACAACUGAUGUCCUUGCCUAGCUGUAUUAACGAUAAGUGCAACAACGCCAUACGUUUAUUUACUAUAUCCAUCACCUGCACCCAUGACAGCAAUGCUAAAUGGGAUGAGGAUGUGUUUAGGCAUCUUUAUUAUUCAGUCUCAAAAGUCAGUCGCGGGACCUAUAUGCAAUGGUCGGCUGUUAGUUCACUUCACUUUCAUUUGUCAUUCCUGCCAUAUCCAUAUCCAAAUACAUAUGCAGCAGAAUGAGUUAUGGUUCCUCUGAAGAUCAGGACUUCAGCAGGAUUUAAUACAAAGUCUUGUUGUAAAGUAGUAUUGAGAUUAUUAAUGCAUUUGCAGUUUAAAAUGUAGUGGAGCAAAAGUAUGAAGUGCCUCUAAAAGUAUUGUGUUUACCCUGCUGUGUCAAUUAUACUGUAAAUAAUGUGAUGAUGUUUUAAAAGCAAUUCUCUGUAAAUUUGCACAAAUGUGAGGAAGUGAUUUGGAGAAAAGUAGGCCUACUGAUUUAAAGGAUGAUUGCUGAGUAUGAUGAAUGUGUUAAUUAUUGACAACAAAGAUGUGUCUGAGAUCAAUUAAUCAAACUACUGAUAACUUAAAACUUGAUGGUUUUGGUGUCAAUCAAAUGAUCAGAAUAUAGCCGUUGAAUAAUACAUUUUAUAUUAUUUAUGACAUAUUUUAUUGGAUACAUUGUACGACUAUGGUCUAGCCUUGUGGUGGCGCCAUAUCUCACUAUGGCUCCUCAGACGUUUUUUUUAGACUGUAGGUUGCUACUGACAUGUUCUGUACAACACCAUGUCCGAGAUGCAUUCACAGUUAGCUGAAGAUCAUAGCAACCCUUUCCUUUAGUUUGUUAUUAAAAAUAAUUCAACUUUAAGUGUUGUAAGGAUACUUUAAUUUAUUUAUUUCAAAUACAAUCAAGUGUCUGAAUUGUGGAAAUAUACAUAAAUGCACAGAUGUGUUAAAAAUAUUAGAUAAAAGGUGGAAUACAUGUUUGGGGGAAAAGAAAAUUUAGAGCAUCUGUUCAGGUCGAACCAUUGACAUAGAUCCCAAAAUUACACCGUGUUUUCCAAGGAUCCCUGAAUGUAGCACGAGGUUUGACAUCUACACAGCCAAACAUGGCGACUGCUGGCUAGCGCAGCCAGGUACGCCUUCGUCUUUUAUUAUUGUGCAGCUGUCAGGAAACAGCCAGGGCCGGUAAACAUUCUCAGAGAGAGAUUGUUCACCUUUCCAGGUUAUUGUCCAUCCGUUCGGCUCUCUGGUAACGUUAUGUGAAGGCGGUUUGUGAGCCACAUUAAACGCAGGACAGGAGUGAAGUGACACAACAUCAGUGGGCUGAGGGCGGACUGUUCCUGCUGGUUUCUUCACCACUUUGCCGGAAUGUUUCUCAGGUAAGACACGGGUCCACUCAACGACACAGUAUGUCUGUACUCUGUCGUGUCUGUGUGUUUCCGCGUUGUUUUUCACGGCUGUGUGACUGUCAGCUGACUCAUCGCUCUUAGCACUGAGAGAUAAUAGAGGAGUAACGUUACCUUGUUGCUGUAAUACAAGCUAAAAACAGUAUUGAGCUUUUAUGUACACCUCUAUAGAACGACCAGUUAUUAAAUCAUGUUAUUAGUAUUGUAAAAUAAACAGCCAGCUGUUGGCUUUCACGCCAUCCUUGUGUUUGUCUAUAGCGACCUGUACUAAACAAAUGAUGGCUCCACCCAUGGCUGAAUCAAAUUAGAGAAAUUAAUCCCCAUCUCUUCAUAUUCCUUCUCCCAGACAAAGCAAGGGCACAAAAUACUCCCUGUCUCAACAACUGGACAUUGUAAGCUUGACAAAGGCAGGCCGACUGUAACAGCCUACUAUCCGAGGAGUGGUAUAAAACGUCACUGAUGCUUUGAGGCUCACAAAUCCUCCUCAGAGGGCUUUACAAUCUGUACACAUGUGACAUCCUCUGUCCCAGGACCCUCACAUCGGGACAGGAAGA